AUACGUCUAAAUAUUCAGGCUUCCGCCGAAACAGAGUCACGAAAAGGAAUGUCGUUUCGAAGCCUAUAAUCUAUCUACUCUUAUUUCUCUUGCUGUCUCUAGAAUCUCUCUCUAGAAUUUGUUCUCUUUAUCUACUCGGCCAUGUUGAAGUUGUGGAAAUGGUACCAAAAUUGCUUGGCUGUCCACCCAGUUAAGACUCAGGUCAUCAGCUCGGGUAUUAUAUGGGGUUUUGGAGAUAUAGCCGCCCAGACAAUCACCAACUACACUGCCAAGAAGCACCAUCAAGUUCAGGAUGAAGAUAGGAAACUGAAAAUCAAUUGGAAACGAGUGGCUACGACCAGCUUGUUUGGGUUUGGAUUUGUUGGGCCAGUUGGCCACUUCUGGUACGAAGGUUUGGAUCGAUUUAUAAGAUUUCGUCUGUUAUUGCAACCCAAUUCCUUUCGAUUUGUUGCUACUAAAGUUGCUGUUGAUGGGAUCAUCUUUGGCCCAUUGGAUUUACUCGUUUUUUUCACUUACAUGGGGUUUUCAACUGGAAAGAGUGCCCCUCAAAUAAAGGAAGAUGUGAAGAGGGACUUUCUCCCAGCCUUGAUUCUGGAAGGAGGCAUAUGGCCUAUUCUUCAAGUUGCAAAUUUCCGAUACAUACCCGUGAGGUAUCAGCUUCUUUACGUCAACUUUUUCUGCCUUUUGGAUAGUUGUUUUUUGUCAUGGAUUGAGCAACAACAGGAUGCUCCUUGGAAGCAAUGGUUGAAAUCUUUUCUACCUUUGAAGGAAAAAAAAGGCCAAAGUGGCUGAUUUCUCGUCAACCCGUUUCAUCUUUCAUCCAGAGCCUUGCUCUAAUCAUAGUGGAUAUACAUUUCAGAAAAGUAAAGAGUUCAUUGAGAACCUCCAAAUACCAACUUCUGUUUUUUACAGUUGGGAUGUGGGAAGUGAUGAACAAUUGGUCUCACUUUGAACCGAUUUCCAAUUGGAAUACAAGGAAAUUGACAUUACUUAUCCUAUCAUGUUCAAUCAUUUUUGUUUGCUCAAGGGUUAUGAGAUUUUGCCUCCUGUUGUAUUAAAUCGGGGAUGAUAGAUUUU